UCGUGUUUUUGUUUGUAUCGUAGUUCUGCGAAAGGAAAGCAACCGAGGAAUUGUGUUUCUUUGAAAAUUAAUUGCCCCCAGCAUCGGUUAGAACGACACGGCUGAAAAUUUGCGCCUUCCUCCUUCAUAUUAUGGCACAAAAUACCACGUCAGAUACAACUUGAAACAAACCACGCCCCACGAACCACGAUGGCCUCUUCCUCGUCCAGCAGCAGCAGCAGCAGCAGAAUGUCGGUGAUGGACCGCGACCUCUGUCUGCUGCUGGUGGAGAUGUCGUCCGAGAAGGUUACCGUGCGGCAGAAGGCGUUCAACAAGAUGAGCACCAUCCUGAACAACCGGGAGGACGAUUUUCUCGACUACAUGGCAUCGGAUGCGUUCGAGACGCAGUGGUGCGCGGUGCUGGAUGCGGCUUACCACGGUAUACAGAAGCAGAGCUACGCCAAUACGGCCCAGGUGCAGAGCAAGAACCACGACUACGUCGUGGUGCUGCACAAGCUCGUUGAGCUGGCGAUGGAUCGGGAUGCGCCGCAGCUACCGCACAGCCAGCUGAUCGGGUGCUUUGUGCGCGCGAUCAACGAUCAAGCGAUGCGGGACAGUUUUGGUGUGUGCUUUCUGCACGUGCUGAACAAGUUCGUGCUGUGCUCCAAAUGGUGCCUAACGCCGGUGAGCUACGAGCACUGGAAAGAAAUUCUUGACUGCUGUUUCGUGAUACUGGAUUCAGCGCACGUACCAAAGCACCUGGCGGCCAACUGUCUCUCGCUGGCUGUGGUGAAAUUUUUAGCCAACUGUUCGAUGCAAACACUGCUGGCGGACUAUUUGAGCCGGCUGAUUGUCCACCUGCGCCAGGCGGUAAAUGAGAAGAAAAGUAACGUUUUAUGCGAUCUGAUAAAUAUCGCUUUGUACAUAACAGAAGCGAUAGCGGUGGAUUGUAAGACGAAGAUAAUUGCAUUCUUGGAGUCGCUCGUUCCAUGCACGGUGAAAAUUUACAAGGAAGCAAACUUGCGCAAGGAACAGAAAGCGCCACUGUUCCGGCUGAUGCAUCUGUCGCUGAUAAUGUUAUACCCGGGAGGAAAAUCUCAUACCCUUGCGAAACCACUGACCCGAGACGGUGUGCAGCAGGUCGAGGACGAUGAAGCGCGAAGGAAAACGUUGCGCGAAUAUCAUUACAUACUGACGAGUGAAAUGAAGGCACGGGAUCAGAGUUCGUUCUUUGGCUCGAAUGAGGCCCCUUUUGCUGAUGGUUUCAUUGACUUUGCCGCCCGGUUGUGUUAUACGGUGUACUGGAACGAGGAUAAUUGGAAGGAAUCUAGCGGCGAAGAAACGGCCGCAAAACGGAACAAACAGUUUAACAAACUGCAAAGCAUCAUGGAGAUGGUCGGUACUGCUCCGAAUCAUCUGAAUUUGCGUUGGUUGUACAUCCUUUCUGCGGUUCUAGACAGAUAUGAGGCAGCACUUACUAGCGACGACUAUGCGCAACUGUUGCAACUGUUGUGCAAUGUGCAACCGAGCCUACAAUCGCCGCACGAGCAUGAUGCUUUCUACCAGUGCUGUUCCGUGCUGCUCGCGUUCGAACAAAAGUCCACCCAUCGAUCGUUGAACACAGCGGCGGCCAGCGGUGAAUCGAUUGGCGAGCUUUGGGCCAAAAUGAUAGCCGCUGCGUUCCGUGCCUGCACCAACACCGCCGCAAGAACGUGCGCUAAAUCCAAUCUCCUGCUGCAGCUAUUGAUUCGCCAUCGAAAGUAUCCGAACGUCGGUUUCCUUAACGGCACCGUGCUGGAAGCCUUUUACACCUAUGCCGUGGAGAAGACGAACCUUAACGUCGGCACGGUGCUGUCCAUCCUGGAGACGGUGGGCAACGCCGAGUGUCUCGGCUGUGUCGACGGUGUACUGACCAAGCUGCUCAACUAUCUCUAUCCGCAGACGCGCGAAACACAGUCGAAAGCGAUACUGCACGCAAAGGAGCGGCUGAGCGCAAAGACGCUGGCACGCAUUUCGAUCCUUUGCGUGGUGACUACACGUUGCGCAAUGGAUGAGACAGAGCGGCACACAUACGCCGUAGUGCACGAUACCUUUUACCGGGAGCGAGACGGGCAGUUGCAAACGCUCGAGCAAAGACUUCGUUACCAUAGUUUAGAGGAAUUGCUAGCGUUGGAGCAGCACAAAAAGGAAGGCAUUGAUGCGGAAUCACCGCAAGGCAGCGCACGAAUCUCGUACAACAUAAACGAACCACUGUUUUUGCGCCUGUGUGAGGUAGUAAGCUUCGACAAGCAUAUCCUGCCCGAUGGGAAUGAUUUUCUAGCCGAUGGAUUGGCAUGCAUCUGCGACGAUUUGGAGCUGUACCUGGAGAUGCUCAACAUUUUGCUGCUGCACGCCGCGUACGAUGAGCACCAGUGCACCAGGAGCCCGCUAUACAAAAAGGUUCUGCUCAAGUUCGACCUACUAAACGGUGGAUUUGAACGGCUGUUGAAAAACGAUGCGGCCUCCACGCUGAAUCUGAUCAAAACCAGAAACCUCGCCGAACGAUUGUUGGCCAUCUUUCGUGGCCCUUACCAUCCGUCGGUAAGGAAGCUGCUGCAGCAAACCGAACACACGCUCAUUAUGCGAUGGGCAAUCGGGCAGAUCAGUCUGAAGGAGGGGGAGGAUUCGCAGUGCGUGACCGUGUUGCAGCCGGAUAAACUGGCCACGGAAGAGCAACUGCAGCGAUGUUUCCUCCACGUCGUAGCGGAAUAUCUGCAGUACGAAGGGCCAAGCCUGAACGAGGCUCACGAGCUGCUGGAUCGGUUGGAACUGAAUGUGUUCUGCAGUUUGGAUUUGUUCUAUCUGUUUGAUCUGUGUCGAAUACUGCUGGCGCAACCUUCCCAUGAGGUGGUGGCCGUAUGGGUACUGAGAAACCUGGUAGAUGUGUGCAAAAACCACUACACCAAUCCUGACAUUACGGAGCAGAUUAUCGAUCUGUACGGUUCUUUAACCGCCUUCGUGAGCCCGUACGAAGACAUGAUCCGCAACGUAACGAUCGUGCUGUACUCGUUCGUAAAACAGUGCGCCAAACACACGUACUCUACCGAGCUGCAGGUGAAGAUACUGGCGCAGGUGAAGUAUCUGCUUCGCGCUUACCCGCAACACAUCCGUACGCCAACGCACCAGAGCAUCUACAACGGAUUGGUGCCGUUGCUGAGCAGCCCAAGCUAUCGCAUCAAGCUGGAAGCGGUCAGGAAUAUUCUGCACUUCAUGCAACUCGAAUGGUCACAUCCUGACCUUUCGUCGGUUCCGUGCAGCUUUUACGAGUUUCAGCUGCAUCUGUACGAUCAAAUUCAGUUCGAGGAGCUACUAGCGACCGACGGUGGGAUGGAACUGAACGAUGAGAGAAUGAACGUGAUUAGCGGCUGCCUUCAGCUGCUGUUGGGCAUCUUUCGCAUUAGCUUCAUGCUGCGCCGGCGCGCGUUGUGCGACUUUGUGCUGCUCGUUCAGUUGGGAAGCGUAAACGAUGACAAAAUGGCAAACACCAUACGGCUUAUGCGCACCUCCAGCGAUAUCGACUUCUGCAAGCUGCUUCAAGCUAACCUGGACACCGUACUCGAGCUGUGGCUAACCAAAGGGAAUCGGUUGCUGCAUUUCCCGUUCCGUCUAGCGGGAAAGAUCGCCACGAUUGAAGAGUUUAUCCAACUGUUCAAGAAAAACAUUUCCUUCGUCUUACUCUGCAUGCAGCCGGAACGGUUCGAGCAGUUCUGCAAAUCUAUUGGCGUACAGCAGGCAGAAAUGGUGAAGAGUAUACUGCCGAAAUGUGUUUCGUUCCUUCUGCCCAAGUACGCCAAAUGUGAAGGGAUGGCGCCCAAGUAUGAUGCAAUGGCUAGUCGGAUGCACAAAGCACUUGCCCCUAUAAUAAGCACGGUAGAUCUUAAAGAUUACGUGUCGGAAAUUAUCAAAACUCUCACCCACCGAUUGAACGAUCACGUCGAGCUGGGCAAGCUGUUGGAGCAGGACCUGCCAAGCUGCUUCGUUGCCGAUCUGUCGCUUAGCAAAGCCACUUACUCGACGGCGCUCGAGCACCUGAAACAGUCGGUAUGGGGAUCGCAAUCGUUCAAGUACACGCUGCUGAGCAAUUUGUGUCUAAAAAACAGCUCACCAAUUGAACGCACCCUAACGGAUGUCAAACGCUGGCUUUGGGCGGCUGAUGAACCGGAGCAGAAAAUGGUACAUCUCUUCCAGUACACGGUGUUCCUCGACCAUCUGAAAGAGUACAUCGGACAGCAGAAGGAACGCGCGUUCAAACCCUAUCUCGUGCGAGAUGUGGUGUAUUUCCUGUGCCACUUGUUGUCCUCCUUUCCCGCCCUACGACUUGCCACGCUCAACAGCUUCGGGCGGUUCCUGGAGCACGUGGUCGCAUCUAGCGAUGCGUGCGAGCUGCUCUCGGAACAUUUGCACUUCAUAGUGUCAUCAUUGCUGGAGGUGGAAAAUGUCGAUCCGGCAUCGGAGAUUUCUCAAAAAUCGCUAACCCUGCUACGGUUUCUGAUCUUGCAACACUCUACCGCGUUUGCGAGUGCGAUCGGUAAGCUGAAUUAUCUACCAAAGGACGAACGAUUCGAUCAGUUGCGGCUUGCUAUAUCGCGCCAAAAAACGAUCGGUCAUGAAAAUGUGCUGCCAAGGGAAGAAAUCGCGGCGCUGAUUGAGUUGCCCAAUUUAAGAUACGAAGAUUUGGCUGCGCUGAAGAUUGUGCUCACCACAAAAAAGAAAGAUCUUAAAUUGUUGUGCGAUGAGCUGAGCGAGCAAAGCACAUCGUCGGGUGCUAGUGGGGAAAGCGUUCUUCAUCGGUUAGUUUACACUUUGCUGGAAGUUGUGCGCAGCUCGCCUUUCGACAAGCGAUCGAUGGAAGCGCUCCGAUGUUUGGGUGAAAUAGGACCAAUCGAUCUGGGAACAAUGCUGUUAAAAUCCGACGCAGAAACGAUUGCAUACGAUACGAUCAACAACUCGAAGGAAGCAAUCGAACGAUGUGCUGCCGUGCUGCUGAACGAAUUGAACGAGCUGCUAACGAACAGAAACGUUCCGGUUGCAAACUACGCCUCCCAGGUUUGCUACAAAAUGCUGUACGGAAAAACAUUCCAUGCUUUGGCGGCCAAACUACCAACACUGCACCCAUUUUUGGGAACUUCUGCGGAAGAGAUCAAACUCUUCACUCGUACCACCGGACGCAGUUUGUCGUUGCGGCCAAUGCUCGCCAACGAACGGAUCGAGUAUAGCGCUUUCGUGCAGCAGCUGUCAGCCGCGUUGCUGUCAUUUUUGGGAAAUACGAUGCUUAAAAAGCUGGCCGAACAGGAAACGGCAUUCGCCGAGAAGCUUGUACCUUUGCUGGUACAGAUAACGAUCAAGCAAUUCGAAGAGUCAAUCAUUGAUAGUAUCGGCAGCUUUAUUAAUGAGUUUUUCAACAAGUUCGCUACCAUUCAGAAUGAGGUUCACAAUAUUUUCAAUGACCCGAAAGCUAUUCAACUGAUGCUUACCAUUGUGGAAUGUGUUCGGAUACAUAAUCAAUGCUUUCCACAGUAUAAAAUUGCCGUUAACUAUCUACGAAUCGCACAAGCGUCUCAAUUCUGUCAGGCACACUUUAAAGCCAUCCUGUACGGUGACCUCUGGUACCGGGAGGAAGAGGAGCAAGGAAAGCAUGAUGCCAAACGACAUCCGGAACUGCUAAACAUAAUGAAAUCGUGCCAUUUGGCGAUCGGUGUAAACGAUGCAGUAAAAUCAUUCCUUAACCCAAUCCAGGAACGGAUGGAAUAUUACCGUCUAGAGCAGAAUUACGCCAGAUGCUUGGUUAUGCAAGAUGCAAGCACACCGUGGUCGCAGGAUAGCACCCUGGACAGUGCGGGCACACAGAAUGCCAUCUUGCAAACACUGAAAGACUCGUCACUGUACGGUUUGGCUAGAUCGUUACAUGUCGCACCGCAACAGAUUGAUUACGAGUGUGCCUGGCGGCUGUCCGACUGGAAUGUACUAGUCGACACGGACGGUGGUGUUGCUCCCAAUAUCCCGAAGAGAGCACCGGCAGCCGGCUCGAGCGCUCUGCUCCUACAGUCGCGAUCCUUCGAGCGAGCGCAUUACAAAGCGCUCAAGUGUUUGCAGCUGCGCGAUGAACUCGCGGUGGAAAGUGCGAUCGUGGCAGCGCAGCGUGCCGUUAGCGAGCUGUUCAAGCUUACCAGCAUCGAAUCCACCAAACACAUCUACCACGGGCUGUGCCGGUUGCGGAUGCUGCAGCAGAUCGAAGACUUCGGUGAGGUACACUUCUCCAGACAGAUCGACUGCGAGCAGGACCUGCUGAACCGGUGGAGGGAACAGGACGAGCUGCCGCACAGCGAGUUCACGCUGCUGGAAACGAUCCUUUCCCAGCGGCUGUCCAUCUUCAGCACGGCCGGGAUUCGUGCGAAACGUAAAUGGGUACCGCCGGCAGUGUACAGCACGCUGCUGCUGCUGAUCCACGAAUCGCGCUUGCGAGGCUUCGUGGACUGUGCGGUACGGAAUGUGGUGCUGAUCGGGAAGCAGGAGCUGCCGGCCAACGUGCAGUCGGUGGUGAUGCUGGAAAAUGCACAGCUCAACUGGAGUGCCGGCCAGCCGGUGCUGGCGAAGGAGCUGGCGUGGGAAGUAAUGAACAGCACUAAGUACACUGAUCCGAUGGUGAAGGGAGUAGCGUGCCGGCUUUACGGUGAGUUCCUCGCGGAGGGCCACUCGCAGGAGAUCAAGUCGCUAUGCUCGGACUACUUUCAACAAGCGGAAAAGUGUGUCCAGUUUGUGUUGUCGCGACAGACGGCGGCGGCAGCGGCCGGUGGCGAACAGAAAACAUCGCCCGGGAACGUUCCCGCCAGCCAUCGUUGCUUCGAAGUGGAUCGUAAUUUCACCGUGCAGCACACCGUCGCGAAGUACGCGGAUCGUGAGUUUGUGCGGCUCACCAAAUUCAUCCGCUCUCAGGAGUGGGAGGCACGGAAAACGAAUCUCGCCCGCAUGGAGGUCGAGCUGGUCCGCCUGAGGGAGGAAACGCAACGUGCCACCGAUCAGCGGCGCAAGGAUCUUGGCCGUUCGCUUCACUUUAUGCAGAAAAACUUGCAGCGCGACAAGAAAGCGGCCGAAGAGGUGGAACAGAAUCGCUGGGACUACUUGAAUCUGGCACUGUGCUAUUAUCUGAUGUACGCGAAACAGAGCACGAUCGUGAGCGACAUGGUGAUAUUUAGGAUCAUGUCGCUGUGGUUGAACAAUCAGGAAAAUACGAGCGCAAAGGAGUUGAUCGAAGAGUCGCUGCUUACCAUUCCUUCGUACAAGUUUAUUGCCGUUUUACCGCAGCUUACACCGCGCGUCGGGCUGGACAGUGGGGUUGGUGCGCUGGUGCAGAAAGCUUUGAUAAGAUGCGCCCUGGACCAUCCCCAUCACACGCUUCCGUUUGUGUUUGCGCAGCUGCAUGCGUAUAAAGAUCAACCGGAUCACGAAACUCCCACCAACGAUAACCGUUUAAUGGGUGUGCGGGAGGUGUACAAAAAGCUGCGCAAAGAGCCAACGCUCGAGCAAAUGCUGCACCAAACCGAGAGAAUGAAUCUCGCCCUGAUCGAACUGGCCAACAAAACGCUCUCCAACAGUCCCUCCUUCCGGGAGUACACCAUGACGAAACGUGAUCCGCUCGGGCAGCUGGAAGGCUUGGAUCUCAUCCACUGUCCAACGGUGGAGCUGCCCGUCCUAAAGACCGGCAACUAUCGCACACACAUCGUAGGCAUCAGGCGGUGGGAUGCGAAGGUGAUUGGUGUCGGUGGAAUUAAUGCGCCGAAAAAGCUUGCCUGCCUUUGCCUGAACGGUACGAAACGGACGCAGCUGCUCAAGGGGAAAGAUGAUAUGCGCCAGGAUGCGGUAAUGCAGCAGGUGUUCGGUAUAAUGAAUAUACUGCUGCGCCACGAUAAGGAAACGGCGCACCGGAAGCUGUCCGUGCGCACGUACAAGGUGGUACCGCUGUCGCGGCAAAGCGGCAUACUGGAAUGGUGCAACAACACGAUGCCGAUCGGUGCGUGGCUGCUUACCGGGCAUGCCAAGUAUCGGCCGCAGGACCUGGAACCGACAGCGGCGCGGAAAAAGUUUUCCAAUAACGCGGUGGCCGGCAUGACGUUGCCGAAGAAACUGAAAAAUUAUGAAGAAAUCUGUGACAAAAUUCGGCCCGUCUUUCGGCACUACUUUCUCGAGCAGUACCUGAAGCCGGGCGUGUGGUUCGAGCGGCAGCAGAACUACAUCAAAAGUGUGGCCGCCAGCUCGAUGAUCGGGUACGUGCUGGGCAUCGGCGAUCGGCACGUGCAGAACAUCCUGAUCGACAAGCUAACGGGGGAGGUGAUCCAUAUCGAUUUUGGCAUCGCGUUCGAGAUGGGAAAAAAUCUGCCCACCCCGGAGACCGUCCCGUUCCGCUUGACGCGUGACAUUGUGGAUGGUAUGGGGAUAAGCGGUGUUGAGGGUGUUUUCCGCAAAUCGUGUGAGAAAACGCUGGAAGUGUUGCGGAACAAUCAGACGGUGAUCCUCGCCAUCCUGGAGGUGCUGCUGUACGAUCCGCUCUACUCGUGGAACGUGCUGUCGAACAAGAAAGCAAACCGUCGGCAACAGCAAGCCUUCCUUUCGCCUUCGGGUGACGCUGAUGAGGCUGAUGGAGCGGUCGGUGGCCUGCCGAUGGAUGCGGCCAAUAUCAACGUGACGGCCGAGCGUACGUUGAUGCAGGUGGAAGAGAAGCUGCUUGGCCAGGAGGACAACAAGUACAUCUCCGUCGAUGGACAGGUGCAAAUGCUAAUCUUCAACGCGAUGAACAAGCGCAACCUCUGUCAAGUGUUUGCGGGAUGGCAACCGUACCUGUGAGCAAGUGAGUGUGUGGGGCUUUACGGUGAUAGUGUUAUCUUUUAUUUAAUUUCUUUUCGUUUUCUACAUACAUGUAUCACAUGCAUAUGA